AUGUCUGCAGACUUGUGGGCCGAGUUCGGUCAGGCCUCGGGCGCUGCGCAAAGCUCCGGCGGCCCAACGCAAACAGCGCGGCCGGUGUCACGCUCCCUCAUAGAUGGGGUAGAUCAAUCAGGGGACUUCUUUUUCGGUAUAGCCUCAAAAGUUCCUAUUCAGGCCGCGGCACCUACCCAGCCGUAUGACCGGAGGGUUGAAUCACCAUCGAUUCAUCGUCCUCCAGCGGCCAUACGGCAGGCAGUCACCCGGCCUCAGCCUGCUGUGUUCAACCUUCCCCCGCCGCAUGACAGUGAUGUGUUAUUUGAUGCUGCCGAGGAUACACCGGCUGGCAGCUCUGAUGAUGACGAAUGGGGUGAAUUUGCGGGUCCAGAGACCAGUGCCACUCAACCGCAUCAGCUGGCGCAUUUGAACACAGGCUCAGAAGCGCAGACCCCCGCCAGCCAGCACAUUUCUGGGGCCGUCGACUUACUCGGAGAGUUGUCAAUAUCAGACUCGAUUGUGACUUCAGACGUGCCAGUACCAUCUCCACCCAACGAUCCGUCCUCUCAGUCGGGGUGGAAUGACGAUUCAUUUGGAGACUGGGGGGAUUUCACUGAAGCUCAGCCCGUUCAGUCCAAUCCAUCUGAAGCUCCCACAAAGUCAUCCUUGACUGAGAAGGACUCAAUUAUGGAGUGGGAUGACUUCACGGACGGCGCUCCUGCUCCUGCACGCUCCUUUGAGCCCAAUGCAAAUCGGUCAUAUGUGCAAGCCAGCCCUUCAAAGAAACUACCUUCACCGACAACAAAGGCAUCCGCUGUCCAGUCCAGAAAUGUUUCGAAGCCUCAGUCGGCCAAAGAAUCCAAGUCACAAGCUGCAAACUGGGAUGAGGACUCAUUCGAGGACUGGGCCGACUUCAACGAUGAGCCAGAGCCAAAACGUCCGCAAGUGCAUUCAGCCUCUACCCCCAGGCAGGCACAAUCUUCACGAACAACCACCGUAACAACUUCAACACCGUCCAUGCGGACUUCUACCCCAACCUCAGCAGCUUCCAGCUCGACUGUCCGCCCUACCAACAUCCCACCACCGUCUAUCCUACUUGAACACCUCCUUUCGCUUCUGAGCACAAUCGCCAAAGAAGCCCAAACCGCCCAAGCCCGCCCAGCCUCGCAACGAGAACACGCCGCCGCAAAGAUCCAAAACACCUUGCACUCAGCAGCCCGGAUCAUCGCAGGCCGCACCUAUCGCUGGAAGCGCGACACCAUCUUGGCGCAGAGCAUGCGAAUCGGGCCCGCCCGCGCCGGAAAAUCAGGCGGCAUGAAGCUCAACGCCGUCAACAAGCAUGAAAAUGUCAAAGAGGAGCAAGACGCUGUCGACCUCCUCGCCCUGUGGCGUGAACGCGCUUCGGUUUUCAACGCUGUGGUCCAGUCCGUCGGCCUCAAACCUAUUCCUGCUGUGCCUAAUCCCACAGCGCUGAGAGUCUUUACAGCUCGCGCUGAUCACGGUGCCAUCAAGGCGACUCAUCCUUGUGCACUCUGUGCUUUGAAGAGAGAUGAGAGAGUUGCCAAAGUCGAUGAAGAGGAGGUGCAGGAUAGCUUUGGUGAAUGGUGGACGGACCACUGGGGACAUACUGGGUGUCGAAUCUUUUGGGAGGAGAACAGGGGCCUACUAAUGCAACGGUGA